UGUUGGUCCCCCUUUUCAUCCCAUUUAGUCGUGCGAGUGAGCUGAGCCGAGUGGGAGCAGUGGUCGUGGGGCCGUGUGUUAAUGAGAGUAUACAACGACGCCCCGAACGCGAAUAAUUUCAGCGGAAUGUGCUAAGGAUUCGCGCAAGACUGCAGGGCUGGACCAUGCCGGACCACCCACCAACCGUGGUCCGAAGACCUUGCUGACCAUGAACACGACCGUAGCCGCCGGACUGCUGCUGCUGCUGCUGGCCGCCGGGCUGGCCGCCGCCGAGUCGGCCACCGCCAAUAUCCCGGCCAUCUGCACCGAGGAGCUCGGCGUCUGCAAGUGCAACCGAACCGAGCAAAACUAUUGGGUCCAGGUCAAUUGCACCUGCCAAUCUGAAAAGGAUCUCCUUGAAGUAAAAGCAGAGAAACUUCCUCUCCAGCUAAUUCAAUUUGAAAUUAGUCGAUGCAAGGAGGUCCGACUGCUCAACGGUGCCCUCUCACAGCAAAGCGCAUUGAGAAAAAUCCACGUGCAUAACGUCGGAGUGCUGACCAUAAAAAAGAACUCCAUUUUUAAUGUCACAUCAUCGAACUUCAAGUUUCACAUCGAAAACUGCUCAACCGUGGUGAUUGAAAGUUCGGCCUACAAGGGUAACAGGAAUCCUCAUUCUGUGCUACUUGAACAAGCCAAUCACGUAAUCAUUCAGUCGUCAGCAUUUCACAAUAUGCAGGACAUCGUUAUAAGGCGAGUAGCGAGGUUGGAAUUCCACAAAAACGCAUUUUCUCAGUUAGGAGCUGCAUCUACAUCUCAUGGACCAUCCACGACGGUGUACAUCGAGGAUUCGCUAAUUCCAGAGAUCCCUAGCCUAGCAUUUCCGCUGAGUGCAAACGAAUUGCGCAUCAAGAGCAGCAAAAUCAGUGUCAUCCGCCGCGAUGCAUUUUGCGGCAUUAGAGUCACUAAUUUGUCUCUUGAAGACUGCUUUUUGCACACAUUGGAGAAGGGCGCGUUCAGUAGCAGAACUUUAAUCGACCGACUGAAAUUACACAAUCUGACCAUCGAAGAGAUUCAGACCAAUGCCGUCCAAUCAGCGAUCGCCGAUUUCACCCUGCAGGAUUCGAGAAUCGAUAAAAUUCACGAAGGUGGCAUCAAUGUGACCGUGGCUAGGGUCACCCUGAUGAACAACGUUUUGAAACACCUGCAUUCCCGAGGCCUUGUGUUUUCCCAAUGGGAUCGGCUGGAUAUUGUGAACAACACGUUCAGAAAAAUUGGCUUCAGUGGAGUGUGGGCUCCAUCCGAGCGAAACGACGGCGCCGUCAUCUUCUCGCACAACCUGAUAGACAAAAUGGCGUCAGAAAAAGGAGUUCUUUUCUUUGGAAUAUCGCCCAAACUCGACGUUGUUGUGCACAACAAUCGUUUCGAGCGCGACUGCAUGUGCUCCGAUUGGCUGCGGGAGGAGUUGACUCCGCGCAGGGGCGAGCCACUGCCCUCGGAUUACGCGCACAAGUCGACCGACUUUUGGGUGGAGGCGUUCAAGAACUCAUCAUACUGCGUGCUGGGCAGCACGCUGUCACGGUGUUUCGGCAGCAACACCACCACCAGCUACAUGUACAUUAACAAGUACUGGGACAACGUGUGUAGAGACACUGGCUCCAUCCACUGCCAGAACGGUGAGGUGGUCGACCGGCCGAACGCGAUACAGUCCGAGACACUUCUCAGAGACGUCUCGACGUUGUGGAUAUUGGUGACAUUUGUCAUGGUUUGCAUCAUGCUGCUCGUCUUGAUUCAAUCCACUGUAAAGUGCUACCGACGCUACCCUGGCAAUAGACUCUCCGUGUCAAAGAUUUUCCCAUGCUUGAGGCGGAGAGAGGUUGCAGAAGGAGAAACGCCAACCCUACCAAUCGGCACGGAGGUCAGCAACUCGAUAGACAUCCUGCCUGGACCACGGAAGCAAAAGCGAAAGAAGCGGCACAAGCGACGGAACGUUGCCGUCACUGCCAACGAAGACAACACGCUCAUCAUGGAAGAGGUCACACUGGGCAGCGAGUCUGGCACCGUGCGUACGACGGCCUCGACAAUGGAGUCUACCAUUAUGGUCAUGGACAGCGAGACACAGACGGGUGGAUCGGGUACCCUGGUUGACGACAUCCUCUCCGACCUGAAGGAAAAGCUAAAAGACCCAAAGGCCUACGGAGAGACGCGCGAGAUGAUCGAAAACAUUUACAACCAAAUUACCACCGAGUCCAGCGUGCGGCCGACCGCUCCGGCCGAGAACACGUACGCCGAGAUUCAGCCGUCCACUUCCGCGUACCAAUGUCCGGUGGUGUGCGAGUACGUUGACCCGAGGGACCGGCGGACCAACAUAUACACCGAGCCCCAGUCACGACUGGGCCGCAUUUAUAACUUUAUCACGGGCAACGCGCAGAACCACGACGUCGAGUCGCGACCGUCCACGGCCGUCACUGACUACAUGGCGCCAUCAGACGCCAGGAUCAACGUUUACUCAGAGGUGCAACAGUCGUCCCGAAUCCAAAGCCGGCCGCUGCCUCGCACGCCGGAGGAACUGAGCGACGAGGACUCGGAGGGAACGAGUGAAUCAGACGACGACACGAGCUAGCAAGAACGGCGGUGCUUGCUCGCAGUUCUGUGAUAGCCAGGGACGAGGUGAAAUAGUGAUGUAAAUAAUUUAAAUGUUUUGAUACAAACUUUUUGUGAUGUCCCUGAAACUAACUGAUGGAUGAAAGAGACACUGUUGCGAGUGCGUUAGAGAGCCGAGAUGUUUUUUUUUUGUUCAUACACACGAGAUAAGACUGUUUCAUCGAUAUUAAGUAGCGCAAUGCUUAUUGAAUUCUAAUCAAACUGCUCAUUUUGUAUAAUGUAAUCAUCGUCGAAAUAAAAAAUUAUUACACGAAAA